AUGCUCGCGUCUAUUUUCUUGCCAGCCUUAUGGUUAGCAUCGCCAGUCAUAGCAGGCAAGGCUGGCUCUUUUGCCGAUGGUGGGAACACUCAAGUCAGCGCUAUGAUGAUGUUCGUGGGUAACAAGGAUAAGGUCUACAUCAUUGACAAGGCGGAGGGAAACGCCGCCCAAAUCAAGGAGCAUCCUGCAUGGGGCGCGGUUUGGGAUUUCAAUACUCACCAAACUGAGGUUAUGGACAUCAAGACCAACGUCUUCUGCGCUUCUGGAAUGCACCUUCCCAAUGGCUCGUACGUCACAUUUGGAGGAAACGGGGCCAUCGCACCGGGCGGUAACAUUGGCUCAGUUCCAAAUGGCCAGGGUGCCGCAUCUUACGACGCCACUUAUCAAGACUAUGACGGUUCCAAGUCUAUUCGAAUACUCAAUCCUUGCACGGACACCGAUGACUUCACCUCUACAAAUUGUCAAUGGUUCGAUAAUCCCGAUGUCCUUUCCAUGCAGAAAAAGCGAUGGUAUUCCGCCGCCGAACCUCUCGGUGAUGGAUCUGUAGCACUCAUUGGCGGUUUCGUGAACGGAGGCUACAUCAACCGAAACACCCCCAACACGGAUCCUGAGUUAGAGGGCGGUGCAGCAGAACCGACUUAUGAGUUUUAUCCUUCUAACGGGCGCAACGCAACUGUGAUGCAAUUCAUGAUCAAGACGUCUGGUCUGAACGCGUACGCGCAUACGUAUCUGAUGCCUUCGGGAAAGAUGCUCGUACAGGCGAAUAUCUCUACCAUGCUGUGGGAUCCCGAUAGCAAUACUGAAACCGAUCUUCCGGCCAUGCCAGGUAAUGUUGCGCGCGUUUACCCCGCCUCAGGUGCAGUGGCCAUGCUUCCUCUUACUCCUGCCAACAAUUACACCCCCACCGUCAUUUUCUGCGGAGGCUCUGAUAUGCCAGAUUCUCUCUGGGGUAACUAUUCCUUCCCUAAUACGGACACUUGGUUGUAUCCCGCGUCUAAAGAUUGUCAACGCAUCACUCCUGAACCGGCCGACGGUUCAGCGCCUGUCUACGUUCAAGACGAUGACAUGAUCGAAGGUCGUACCAUGGGCCAGUUCAUCAUUCUUCCCGAUGGAAAAAUGUUGGUUGUAAAUGGCGGUCUGAACGGCACUGCGGGGUACGCCACUAACACGGGAACGACUCUAUCUUACAGCCAGAUGCCCUUUGGAAUGUCACUGGCCUCUGGACCUGUCGGGACUCCAGCUUUGUAUGAUCCUAAUGCACCUGUUGGUAGUAGGUGGUCAAACUCCGGUUUCUCAACGUCUAAUAUUGCCCGACUUUAUCAUUCCUCUGCGAUCUUACUUCCUGAUGCAUCCGUCCUCAUUGCGGGCUCUAAUCCGAACGUCGAUGUCAAUCUGACAACAUACUUCCCCACCACGUACCAGGCCGAAAUCUUCUACCCAGCUUAUUUUUCUGCCACCACUCGCCCCAUUCCAUCUGGUAUUCCCACCACUUUAUCUUACGGUGGAGAUUCUUUCGAUAUCACUGUGCCUGCGUCUUCAUAUUCGGGCUCGGGUAACGACGCGGCUGAUAAUACCACCGUCGUGGUCGUUCGACCGGGGUGGACCACUCACGGAAUGAAUAUGGGUCAAAGAUUUCUCCAGCUGAACAAUACCUACACCGUGAACUCGGACGGCUCUCUUACAUUGCACACGGCCCAGAUGCCUCCGAACCCCAACAUUUUUCAACCGGGGCCGGCUAUGGUCUUUGUCGUCGUCAAUGGUAUCCCAUCGAAUGGGUCAUUCGUAAUUGUUGGCAGCGGCAACGUUGAAACUCAAGCUACCGCAGCUGCUAGUGUGCUACCUGCCAGCGUGCUUUUGAGCGGCGCGAGCGGUAGUGCCGAUGGUUCCAGUACUUCAUCUGGUGACAACGCUACUAAUGCCAGUGGUAGUACAGUCUCACAUACGGCAGUUAUCGUAGGCACUGUCGUAGCAGGAAUAAUUAUUCUGGGUGUCAUCGGUGCGCUUAUUGGUGUUUGCGCAUCUCGCCGUCGUAGAGCGGCUGCCCAGAAAAACCCCAAUGUAUCCUCUUAUGCAAUGAGCAACACUCCUCUUGGUUCAAAGACACUCGGUGCCGGAGGUUACGGUGGUGGCCUACGGAGCUCUGAUUCUAGUGCAUUCUCGUUACAGCGGGAUUUUAACGAUAGUCAGCAGUGGUCCGGCAGUAGUGCGAAUUUGACUGGUGAUGGCAGGCUUUCACCUUACCAUGACGCUCCACCUUAUCUAGAGGAUUCAAGAGGACCUCAUGGAAUGAGUAUGGAGCUGGAUCCAUAUGCUGCGCAAUCGAGGAUGAGUACGACUUCACCGCAUGGACAAGGGUACUAA